AUGUUGAUUAAUCAAAGAAAUGUUCUACCAACUUUCCUGGUAUUAUAUUUGCUUUUUAAUUACGACGGAGUUCAAGGAGAAAUAAAGUUGUCAGAACAAGAGGAAUUGGCAUUGGAGAAGCAAUUAAAACUUUUAAACAAAUCAGCGGUCAAAACAAUUAAGACUAAAUGGGGAGAUACAUAUGACUGUGUGAAUUUCUACAAACAACCUGCGUUUGAUCAUCCAUUAUUGAAGAAUCACAACUUUCAUCCCAAGAUGAAACCCACUUUACCUACGAUAAAACAUAUUUCGAAAAACUCAACUGUUGAUAUAUUUUCGAAGAUAUCGUUAGAGAAAAACAAUUGUCCUUCUGGAACCGUUCCUAUCAAAAAAAUUACCAGAGAUGAUCUUAUUAGACAAAGAAAUAUGCCAUCACCAGAAGAUUUCGCAUAUGAACCCCAAUCAGAGACUAAUAAAGUUGUUGAACCAACAGGAGGAUACAAUUACAAGCGUGCAAUAGUUCAUACUCCCAAAAAUCAUAAAAAUAAGUUUGGUGGAGCUGGAAUGGCAGCUAGUUUAUGGAGUCAUUAUGUUUUUGAUAAACAACAAAGUGUGUGUCGAUUGAAGAUUCAAAAAGGACAAGAUAGUAUGCAAGUUGGUUGGCGAAUAGAUCCAACAUUAUACGGAGACAGGAAAACUAGGUUUUUUAUACAUUUUCAAGCUGGGAAUACACAUUGCUUCAAUACAUUAUGUCCCGGCUUUUUGUUAGUAAACAAUAAUAUACUUCUCGAUAAUGCAUUUGCCAAUGUUUCUCGAAGAGGGAAUCAUGAACAACAACCGGAGAUUGUUGUGUACAUUGUUCGGGAUCUCGCGAAUGAACAUUGGUGGCUUUUGCUUGGAGAAAAACAAGUUGUAGUUGGUUUUUGGCCUAAUUGGAUUUUCACCGCAUUAGCAAAUGAUUUUGCUACAAAUGUCGAGUGGGGUGGAGUGACAUAUACUCCUCCAGAAGAUUUUGAACAUUAUGCCCCAAUGGGCUCUGGCAUGAUUCCUGUACGUAUAGCACCUGCACAUGAUGCUUAUUGUAGGGCACUUAUGGUUUUAAAUGAUAAGGGUGAAACGCUAAACGUAAUAAAGACACCAAUAUUUUUUGACAAUCGAACACUAUACCAAGUCGUUGAUAAACCAUUUUGGGAAAAUGUAGAUUUUCCACAUUAUGUAUUUUAUGGGGGAACUCAUAUGCCAGGGAUAGAUAAACAUGUGUAA